GUUACCCUGCUUACCUCCGAGGCUUGGGCUUGGCAGGUGGAGACGACUCCGCAGAAGUCGCGUUUAAGUGGCAACGAAAGUGUGAAAUAUGAGUGGACGAGCAAGAUCAAGAUCUAGAGGAAGGGGAGAUGGUCAAGAGUCUUCCAAUACGGUUGAACCUGUGGUUGCCCCAAAACUAGGUGGCAAAAAAUCUCAACAAAAGGAACCACCAACUGAGAAUGUGGAUAUCGAACCUGGACAAGAGAAAGAAGGAGGAACUUCUGUGGCUCAAGGUGCAAGCCAGGAAAUGGGUCUGGAAGAGACUGGGGGUGAGCACGGAGAUGACCCUGAUGUGAAGGGGAAGAUUCCACCUAAUCUAGUGCCUGCUAAAAUUCCAGAAGCAGGUGCUGGACAGUCAUAAGUUAAAAAGAAGACAAGCUGAAGCCAUAAAUGCUGUUGUUAUAUUGAUAAUUUGGCUUAUUAAAUUCUCUCAAUAAAGUUUUACAGUUUUCUCG